UCGAUGUUCCACAACCCUCCCUGACUUCUCUCCCUCCAGAUAAAGAAGCCGGAGUUCUUCUACCGGACGGCCGCCGCCGGCUUCUUCGUCUCGACCGCAUAGUUAGAAAAGCAAAGAGAUUCAUCGGCCAACAAUCCGGCCGUACCACUUAUAAUGAUGGAAGUAACAGUUCGUGAAAGGUUUGUGAAGGUAUGCAGAACAGUCUGUCCACCAAAGUACGCGAAGUUGGAGAGCAAAGAAGGAGGUGGGCAGGAGCGGAAGCAGGAGAAGAAGAAGAAGAAGUGCGGUGGCUUUGGCGUGGCCGUCAGGAAGGGCUUCACGGCCUUGUACCCCGGCGCUAGCCGCCGGCAGGAGGCGGUGCAGGAGGAUGUCCCCAAGGGGCACCUGGCAGUCUACGUGGGCGAGAAGGGAGAGCAAAGAUUCCGGUUCGUCGUCCCCGUCUGUCACUUCAACCACCCGCUCUUUCUCGGGUUGCUGAAAGAAUCGGAGGAGGAGUAUGGGUUCUGUCAGCAGGGGUGCAUCACCAUCCCCUGCCAGGUCUCCCGUUUCGAAAGCGUGGAGCAAAGAAUUGCCGCCGAUAAGUUUUCCGGCAGGUUGAGGAGCAGGUCGGGGAGGAGGAGGUCGAGGAAGAGGUGGAACGUCCAGGGACUGUUGGGGAAGAAAUGACUCGGUCAAGACCGAGCCGUUUCGAUUCGAUAUUUGUUCGCCAGAGUACUGCUGACCCCUAACAUAGUUCACCCGUAAAAAGCCAGGAUCAUCCGACUCCAUUGGCACCGAUUUAAUCAAUUCUGAUUCGAGUCGUCAACAUCGUGUACAUCCAUGUCGGUUCACCAUUGGUUUUUUAUUUUUCACUUCCUGACUGAAAAGCUACUGAAAUCGAUCAUUUUCAUA